CAGAAAUCUUGUUUUAAACUGCCAUUCAUAGCUAAUGAAAAGUGAUCUCUGACAUCAAAGUGGGAAAGAGUACAGGGUGUAGGAUAUCCACACCCUUUCAGGUUUUGACUGAAGAAGCAAACAGAUUUAACAGAUGCUGUACUAAUUCAAAGGUUCAGUGUUUAUGUGAGACAGAAACAGAAAAAGGCAGUUGCUUCAGAGUGAAAACGAACACAAGGACAAAGAAAGAAAGAAAGAGGUGAUUGUUGUCUGUAAACAUUCCACAAUUUGGACUGCAACUAUUUAAUCUGUAACUUCUACUUUCCAUAAUGGAUUAUUUUGCUGGAUAUAUGAAACUUCCAUUUUUAAUUGUGCUAGGUCUUGUUAUAUCAAGCAAUAUUGCUGUCUCUUAUCAGGCUAUUGGACAUCAGCUUCAACAUGAAAUUCUACAAGAAGGCACAAAACGUCUAAUAGAGACAUAUGGAUCUUUAAUAAGAAAGAAGCGGGCAGAUCCUUGUCCUGAUGGUAGUCAAGUGACAUCUAGUUCAAUACAGGACCCGCUCUUUCCAGUAAUGUAUCCUCCUGAAGUACUAGAUGCCUGCAUAGAUGAAAAUACAACUGUAAACAAUUUACUCCUUCUUGGUCAAUCUGCCAUCACUAAACAACAAAUGUUAGUCUUAAAAAGUAAGCUAACUAAGGUAUAUCCUGGAGGGCUGCCAGAUAACGUGAUAGCAAAGCUUGGUACCAUUGCUACUGUGUAUAAUGAUGGUGAAAUUCUACAGUGGAACAUUACCUCACUUCAGACAUUUGCUGCAGUACUGAAAGCGAGUGACGAGGACAGCAUGGCCAAAGCAAUCAUUAGCAGAUACAUGCAAUUAGGAAAUCCACUGAAUGCAACUGUUCUUGACACUAUUAAUUCGAUCAACAAUGGAUAUGUCUGUCUACUGGAUGAAUCUCAGCUGAGCACGAUAUCUCCACAAGCCAUUAGGACUUUAUCUACUCCAAUUGAUAUUUCUACAUGUACCCAACCAAAGAAGAAUAUACUUUUCAAUACAUCAAUGAAUGCAUUUGCAAAUGUAACUAACGCAGUGGAGAAAUACAAUGAUGUUCUGCCAUAUAUUGGUGGAGCCUCAGCAGAUUAUCUCAAAGCUCUUGCACAAUCAAGUGUUGUCAUGGAUGUUUCAAAAUUCUUGACGUUGAAUCCUAAUGAGACACAGAAACUCUCUGUUAGUGAUGUUCAAGCACUGCUUGGAAAUCAGCUGAUAGCUCUGAAAAAUAAUCAGGAUAAUCCAGCUGUCAAAGCGUGGAUACAAUCACAACAGCAAGUGGAACUAGACAAGCUUGGAGCUGGACUAAUAGGAGGAAUUCUAGACUGUCCCAGUGACAAGCAAAUAACAUCACAGAAUGUUGGAAAUCCAUUACUCCCUGGUAACUAUCCUGCUAAACUACUGGAUGCCUGCCUUAGUAAUGAUACCCUAAAGAACAACCUCUCUAGCCUGGGAGAGAAAGCCUUCAGUGAAGAACAAAUGAAUGUUAUAAAAAAAAGACUGAGUCAGCUGUACCCAAAUGGACUUCCUGAUGAUGUACUUCGCAACAUAGGAGACAUAGGAGCAAUUUAUAGUCUAAGUGACAUCAACAGUACAUGGAACAUUAACACACCUGAAACACUGAAAACCUUACUAAGUUUUGCAUCCACAGGCGAGAGAGGCAAAACAAUUAUUUUAAAAUAUCUACGUGCAAAAACUCCAGUGGAUGCAGCAACCUUAAAUGUACUAAAUGGUUAUGACUACCUGUGUUUGCUUGAUGAAGGCCAGCUCUCAAGUAUACCACCUGCUGCAAUAAGAGAUGCAAAACCUGCACUGAAUAUUUCAACCUGCACUCAGUCAAAGAAAAACAUCCUUUAUGGCAUAGCAUCAACUGCAUUUGCUGACAUGCGGCCUUACCCAGCAAACUACUAUGGACAUAUGCAACCGUAUCUCAGUGGUGCUUCAGCAGAUAACUUAAGAAGUCUUGCACAGAUGAAUGUUAGCAUGGAUUUGCCAACUUUCAUUGGACUGAACAAAGAUGCAGUUAUGAAUCUGACAGCCUCUGACGUGAUUGCUUUACUUGGAAAUAAUUUACCAGAUCUGCAGAACUUCCUAGAUGAUCAACUUGUUUUAACAUGGUUAAAGAAACAGAAUCAAUCAGACCUGAUCAGACUGGGGCUAUACAACUCUGGUCUGUUUCCUGAACCUCCAAUUGGAUAUGAAAUUAUUCCUUCACAAUCAGCAAAAAAUGCUGCCUCUUCAAGCAAAAUGAGAUUUCCGUACAUGAUAUAUGUGGUGUUGGCCAGCAUCAUCGUUAUCCCAUUGCUUUGAACUUGAAACAAAGAUUUCAGCUGUCAUUUGUUUGAGGGAAACAUGUCAUCAAUUUAAAAUGCAGUACGCACUUUGAGAUGUUAGAAAUGAAAUGGCAUUUUUAUUUUGUGAUCAUAAAUAUGACUGCACUGUUAAAUUUUCAUCUGAUAAAUUGUUCAUGAAUUGUACUGUAAUGUUAUGUGCCAGAUUGAAUAUUCUAUGCAAUACACAUCACUCAAAAUCUUACCCAGUGUCUGUUUUAUGCCAGCAAAAAUAUAUAUUGUCCAUUUUUGAAAAAAGUAUUUUGGACAUGGCAUCUGAAAUAAUAAACCAUUGUAUUUAUAUGUAGAUAUGCAUCAAUUUAAAAUUUUCAAAAUACUGUAUAUAUAUUUAUUUGACACAUUUUCUACACAAGUCUGGUUGUGUGUUUUCAUACUUAUUAAAUACACUUUAUUUGCUAUGCUCUUCAUUUUUAUUUUAUUUUAUGAUUUACAAGAUUAUUAUCAUUUUUUCUUUGAAAAUGAGAUACAUUGUUAUGCCUUCUGGUGUUUUGUCAAAUCUGUUUUGUUUGAAAGUUUAUGCUGCUUGUGAGAAGUAUCUUUUAUUUCAAAAGGAAGAUGUAUUCUUAGGAAAAAUUCAAUGUUUCACUCAAGGUAGUAGAGUUUUCUUAUGGAAAAAAUGCAAAUCUCAUUUUGUGGUAACACAUCCCAGCAAUUCAAUUGUCAUGUUAUAUUGCCUCCAUGAAUAAAAUGAAACAAAGAAGUCAAUACUUUAA